GCGCUGCGUUGGAAGCAGCACUACGGCCGCUGGUGGCGGCACGCGGCGCCCCGGGCUCAUGGGUGGACCGCGAGCGCGCGCCGAGACCGGCUUUCCAGAGACUGGUCGCAGGCCAUCGCGUUCCUGGUGCGAUGCGGCUCAGGCGUGCGCUGCAGUUGGCCGCUGCCUGGCGCCUUGCCCGUGCGGCCGCUGUCGGAGGCAGCCGUGGCGCAGGCGCGCGUGCCGAUCCAGUCCCUUGGAGUGCAGAUGCCGAGCGUGACGGGGACCGCGGUCGACGCGGAGUCGCUGACCAGCUCCCGACCUGUG